AUGUUAAGAAUCGGUUCCAGAUGCGUUAGAAGUGUGCCUAAGAGUUCGUUGCGAGUUUCUAGCACCAAAAUUGGCAAGCUAUUCGUUCGCUCAGUAUCAGAUAAGCCAGAAGAGGUAUUCACAAAGUUAUCUGAUGAAAAUGAUCCGCAGAGGGAUGCUUUCUUCAAAUACUCAUGGGGUACAUGGUUGAAGAAUGAUAAACAAGAAAAGGAGAAGAGAAUUACUAAGUUCUCUCUCGAGGGUUUGAACAGCGUGAUUGAUGAUUUGUAUAAGCAAUCCAUAGAAAACGCUAAAAGAUUAUCGAAAAGCAGCAUUCCACCACCAGCUUAUUUACCAAACUUAACUGUUUCUCUCCCACACAAUGUUAAAAUUGAGAAUAUCGGGACAGUUAAUCCCAAUGAAAAGAUCAGAAUUGUGUCAAUGGCUAGCAUCCAUGAAGGUAAGCAUCACAGAAUAUACAAAAUUGAUACCAACGCCGAAAAGUCCUUUGUUUUAAGAAUUCCAUACGCAUUGGACGAUGAAAAUACCCUUGCUUACAGAUUGAAGAGUGAAGUGGCCACUAUGGAUUUUGCCGAUCUCAAACUGGGUCUUAAAGUUCCAAAAGUUUACAGUUUCGGUGUUAAUGCUUUGAACCCUGUCAGACAGCCUUUCAUUUUGGAGGAAUAUAUAGAAGGUACGCUUCUAAUGAGAAGUUGGACUCCGUUGGAGAAUGACGCCGAGGAUGGCAAAUCUCAUAAGGAUAAGUUAAAUGCUGUCAUUAAUCCUAUUUCUAAGUUCCAGGCCAAGCUCGCAGAAGUUAAGUUUAACGCCUUCGGAAGUUUAUAUUUUGCCAAGGAUUACAAAACUUCUGAAGAGUCGGCUUAUGAAGGUGAAACAAAUGAAGAAUUAAAAGAUAGAUGGAGAAUUGGCCCAAGUGUUGAAAGAUGCUUAUGGAGAAAAAAGUCUACUUUGAACUUCGAUGACCGCAAACAAUAUUUAGGACCAUGGGAUAUAUCAUCUCCUUUAGAUAUCGUCAAAUGUACAGGAUUACUGGAAGCGGAAAACGCUCGUGCUAGACUAGGUCUUGUCCAAGCUCACGCAUCGCCAGAAGUUGUCGCCGAAGAUAUAUUGAAAGAUCAAAUAAAGACUUUUGAUAAUCUUGCCAAAGUUGCCCCAGAUCUAAUUAAUACUAAAACCACUUCUAUUCCGAAAAUGGAGAAUCUUUUAAAGCCUCGUUUACAUCAUCCAGAUUUAGACCCAAUGAAUGUUAUUUUAAAAGAAGAUGAUGAUGUUCCUUACUUAUUGGACUUUGAAGGAUCAUCCAUUAAGCCUUACAUUUUACAAAACACUCCUCAAUUUGUUGCCUACGAUGGACCAAAAAUCUAUGACCUAGAAAAGGAUAUUGAAGGGUACAAGGACAUGGAAGAAUCGGAAAAAGCCAAACUUGAGUUCAUGUACAAGCGUACUCGUAACCAGUUUUUAUGGGAGUUUGCUUUAAAUGAAAACUUACCUGAAUUGAUCUCUUCUGUCGCUCCACCAAUCAAAGUUUUGAGAAACCCUUAUGUGGCUGCCAUCGAAAGAAAGUCCGACGAAGAAUACCUUUUGAUUGAAGAAGCUCUUCUUCAAUUGGCUGAAGUCUGGCCGAUCUUCGCUAAUAACAAAUUAGUAAAUGCCGCUGAAUACCCACUAAAAUAUUCCGAAGAAGAAGUCAAAAAGCAUGCUGAUGCAUUGAACGCUUAUCAUGAGAAACUGAUUUCCCAACCAUUUGCCGCUACCCAAGGAUGGAUGCCACAAGAUAUGUUUGAUAACCUAGUUCAAGGUGGCAUUUUGGUAAAAAAUGAGAAAGGAGAUUACGUUAUUUCUCGCACGGAAGAUGCCUAA